AUAUCAUAGGUAGCAAAACGCGGGUGGUGAGUGUGACUUUGUUGUGUGUGGGAGAGAGAUGCAAUUGCAAUUGCAAUUGCAGCAUAUCCAUUUCGAAACUCCAAAUAUCCCAGACGACGAAACAAGGAAUCUUCAUCGCUGACAAAACCUAUGCAUCCUUCAACAGAUCCAACACGAAACCUCUCAAACAUGUUAAAUUCCACUCUUCUUCUUCACACAAAUUCACCCUUCCCUCAACCUCAAUCAUAAUUUGUGGGAAUUUUCCACUGAACUUGCUUCAAGGAUAAACUUUUGUUUUUCCACAUAAAGGACUUAGGAGGAGGGUGCUAUUUAUCAUUCUACACUGAUUUUAUUCAGUGAAGACCAAAGCUUUCUAAAUUGGGAUUGGUUCUUAGUCUUAAGAGUUGUUGUUGUUGUUAAUGGCUACUCCUGUUGAGCCUCCAAAUGGGAUCAGAAACAAAGGAAAGCAUUACUAUUCCAUGUGGCAAACCUUGUUUGAGAUUGAUACAAAAUACGUGCCCAUCAAGCCGAUUGGUCGAGGAGCCUAUGGAAUUGUGUGCUCUUCUGUGAAUAGAGAAACAAAUGAGAAAGUUGCCAUCAAGAAGAUACAGAAUGCCUUUGAGAAUCGUGUUGAUGCGUUGAGAACUUUGCGUGAACUGAAGCUUCUUCGCCAUCUUCAUCAUGAUAAUGUGAUUGCUUUGAAAGACAUCAUGAUGCCUGUUCAUAGGAGUAGUUUCAAGGAUGUCUAUCUGGUUUAUGAACUCAUGGACACGGAUUUGCAUCAGAUCAUUAAGUCUUCUCAAUCACUGUCGAAUGAUCACUGUCAAUAUUUCCUCUUUCAGCUUCUUAGGGGCUUGAAAUACCUCCACUCAGCUAACAUCCUUCAUCGUGACUUGAAACCUGGGAAUCUUCUAAUUAAUGCAAAUUGUGACCUUAAAAUAUGUGAUUUUGGGUUAGCACGCAUUAACUGCAGCAAGAACCAGUUCAUGACUGAGUAUGUUGUCACUCGAUGGUAUAGGGCGCCAGAGCUUCUACUCUGCUGCGACAACUAUGGGACGUCUAUUGAUGUGUGGUCAGUGGGAUGCAUAUUUGCAGAGCUUCUUGGGCGAAAACCUAUUUUCCCUGGUUCAGAGUGUCUUAACCAGCUAAAAUUGAUUAUCAAUAUCCUUGGUAGUCAAAGGGAAGAGGAUAUUGAAUUUAUUGAUAAUCCAAAGGCAAAGAAGUAUAUCAAGUCACUUCCAUAUUCUAUUGGAGCCCCCUUCUCCCGACUUUACCCGAAUGCGCAUCCAUUGGCAAUUGAUCUACUUGCAAAGAUGCUUGUUUUUGAUCCCACAAAGAGGAUUAGUGUCGCCGAAGCACUUCAACACCCUUACAUGGCCCCUCUCUAUGAUCCUAAUAGUGACCCUCCAGCCAUGAUUCCUGUUGAUCUUGACGUCGAUGAGGAUCUAGGGGAAGAGAUGAUAAGGGAGAUGAUGUGGAAGGAAAUGCUUCAUUACCAUCCUGAAUCUGCCAUAGAAAAUGCCGAGUUGUGCUCAUAAUCUUAUUUUCUCUGUUUUUUUGGGGUUAUGCUCCCUUUUGUUGGUGCCUAUAGAGUCUAAUAUAAUAGCUUGCUUCAAAUAACUAGGAGGGAUUUGUCAUCAGAUACCUCAAUAUAUUCUCUGUUUCCUCUUAGUUGAGAGCAGAGAAAACAGCAAAAUGAUGGUCAUCUUGAAAAGUCAUGCACAACUAUGUUUUGCUGAUGAUGCAUGAUAGUUUUUAACCACCAUGCUGAGAGACUGACUUUGAGCUUUAUAUUGUAGUUUCCUCGUUCGAGUUGUACAUAAACAUGUUCUUGUGUCUGUAAUAAACCAUUUUGUAAAUUAAGUCGUGUUUAUCAGUAAUGUAUUA